CACCUGCCAGUGUUCGUUGGGUCCAUAAUGACGUUGUGGUACCUGACUUCUCUGCCUAUCGUCGUCAAGAUGUACUGGAUGCCACCACAAAUUCCCAAGGCAGCAGUGAAGCUAGAAAAGGGUUUUCCUACCUGAUGACUGCAACGACGUGUGUAGCAACUGCAUACGCUGCUAAGAAUGUUGUCACCCAGUUUAUUUCCAGCCUGAGUGCCUCUGCUGAUGUGCUAGCAUUGUCAAAGAUUGAGAUCAAGUUAUCUGACAUUCCAGAAGGCAAGAACAUGGCUUUCAAGUGGAGAGGGAAGCCCCUUUUUGUGCGUCACAGAACCCAGGCAGAGAUUAAUCAGGAAGCUGAAGUUGAUUUGUCUAAACUGAGGGAUCCACAGCAUGACUUAGACAGAGUACAGAAACCAGAAUGGGUCAUACUUGUAGGUGUCUGUACUCACCUUGGUUGUGUACCCAUUGCUAACUCUGGAGAUUUUGGCGGUUAUUACUGCCCUUGCCAUGGCUCCCAUUACGAUGCCUCUGGCAGAAUCAGGAAAGGUCCUGCUCCCUAUAACCUUGAGGUUCCAACUUACCAGUUUCUUGGUGAUGAUGUAGUCAUUGUUGGCUGAAUAACGAGGUGCUUGCUCACUUUCAUGUUCCUGUGAAUGUACACGCAAAAGGGUUAAGUGAGAUUCUGGAAUACUGUAAAACCAGAUGAUCCUAAAAACAUACUAGCCGUCUAGAUUCUCAACCAGAAGUAUGUUUGAGUACUUCCCUGUGUUCAGUUGUAAUAAAAACUUGGAGUGAGCACUU